AUGUUUAUUUUUCACCACAUCCUCCCGGGGAAAAAGCGAUCCCAGGAAGAAGAACCAGCGGUAGAGGAUGCCAGCUCAAGAAAACAUCAACGGCACGUCCAGUUUCAAGGUAUCCGGCAACAGUUCCAGAUCUACAGAGAUCCGAACUAUGUCAAGGUCCGAGGAAAGUGCUUAGUAUGUUUCAACCGGCCAACUGGUCUUGAUGAAGACCUCCAACCGAACCCUGACGGCAUGCAAUUUAGCCUUACUGUCCCAAUUGCCGAAGCAAAACAAGACCCUGGUGGUCUGGUUGACUAG